AUGCCAACAAUUGCAGGAUCCCCCGGGAAUCGCCGCAAAAAGUUGUUGAUUCCUCUUCCACGUAAGAAUACGUGGUGCAUGUGUUGCCUGCGCGUGUCCAACCGCGAUUGGGAAUUAAAGGGGGAUGGGAUUCGUCACCCCUUCAAGGUUGGGUGCAUUUCCGAUACUGCUCAGUCUAAAUCGUGUGCCCAUUGUGCGAAGCAACAUAAAGUUUGCGAAUCUGUUCCCGAGGGUAUUGAGGGUAACCGUUUUGAGCUCCUGUCUCUUCUCGCCUGGUCCGAACACAUCUGGUUAACUUCUGAGGGUGAAUAUGGUGCUUCUCUUGAUCAGCGUGAUGGGGAUGGUGACCCUGUCGAGUUCGCCUUGCCUUGGGACCUGAUCGUGGCCGUUUCGGAGGCAGUUCGAGAUCUUGUUGCUGGGUUCGAUAACCUGGUAAAGAAUCAUAAGCAUCUUCAUCAUCUUACUGGCACGCGUGUUCCUCUUGCCGUUCACGAUUCCUAUAACCAGUGGGUUGCUGAUCGGCGCUCUUCCUUGGUUCGUGACACUCGUACGGUUGUGCACGACUGGGAUCGCCUUGCCGUAGAGGCUUCGAUCCGGGGUCGACUCGUGGGUUCGGAGGAGUCGGUUCACGCUUGGCACGGGGCCGUGGUUUCUUUUAAGGCCGUCGUUGAGCACGCAAUCUCUGCCCAUGUCGUUGAUCCCGUUGUUUCCGCUGCUCUGGCAAUGCACCUAAGCUAUUUCCCUUUUGCUUGGGAGUUGUGA